CUCCUCCCCGUCUCUCCCACCGUGUUGCUCUCUUCCCCAUUUCGCUGCUUUGUUUUCAUUGUCGCUCUUUUGAUCAUGGCUGCUCAUUCUACCGAGGAACCGUUCCCCUUCCACGGGCUGCUCCCCAAGAAAGAAACCGGCGCCGCCUCUUACCUCACCAGGUUCCCCGAGUACGAUGGCCGAGGGGUGCUCAUCGCUAUCCUCGACACCGGCGUGGAUCCCGGGGCCCCCGGCAUGCAGGUCACCACCGAGGGGAAGCCAAAGAUUGUCGACAUCAUCGAUACGACGGGCAGCGGCGACGUGAACAUGACCACGAUGGCAGAACCUAAAGAUGGGACAAUCACCGGCCUGUCUGGUAGAACGCUUAAGAUCCCUCCUGCCUGGGUCAAUCCAACUGGGAAGUAUCGCAUUGGAGUUAAAAAUGGCUAUGAGUUCUUCCCUAAGGCUCUUAAAGAAAGAAUACAGAAAGAGCGAAAGGAGAAGAUGUGGGACCCACCACACAGAGCAGCACUCGCUGAAGUCUGUCGCAAGACAGAGGAGUUUGACCUCGCUCAUCCUACACCCUCACAGAUUGAGAAGUUGCAGAAAGAAGAGCUGCAGAGUCAGUCAGAGCUGCUGGCAUCACUAGAAAAGAAGUACAGUGAUCCCGGUCCUGUAUAUGACUGUGUGCUUUGGCAUGAUGGCGUCACAUGGAAGGCUGUAGUUGACACUUCAGAGUGUGGAGAACUGUCCCAGUGCACUGUACUGAGCUCAUACAGAGAGACACAAGAGUAUGCCACAUUAGGAAAUGCAGAGAUGCUUAACUACUCUGUUAAUAUUUAUGAUGAAGGAAACACACUCUGCAUCGUCACCAGCGGAGGUGCUCAUGGGACACAUGUGGCAAGCAUUGCAGCAGGUUACUUCCCAGAGGAACCUGAGCGUAAUGGUGUGGCCCCUGGUGCCCAAAUUCUGGCUCUGAAGAUUGGAGACACCCGCCUCAGCACCAUGGAAACGGGCACAGGACUCAUUCGUGCGAUGAUUGAAGUAAUCAACUACAAGUGUGACUUGGUCAAUUAUAGCUAUGGGGAAGCCACUCACUGGCCCAAUUCAGGGAGGAUUUGUGAGGUGAUCACAGAAGCUGUGCAAAAGCACAAUGUGAUUUUUGUUUCAAGUGCGGGGAAUAACGGUCCCUGCCUGUCCACGGUCGGCUGCCCAGGAGGAACCACCAGCAGUGUCAUAGGUGUUGGAGCAUAUGUGACUCCUGACAUGAUGGUGGCAGAGUAUUCCCUGCGGGAGAAGCUGCCUCCCAACCAAUACACCUGGUCAUCCAGGGGCCCCAGUACUGAUGGGGCCCUGGGGGUCAGCAUCAGUGCCCCUGGCGGUGCCAUCGCAUCUGUACCCAACUGGACCCUUCGUGGUACCCAGCUGAUGAACGGCACAUCCAUGUCAUCCCCCAAUGCCUGUGGAGGAAUUGCACUCGUCCUGUCAGGACUGAAGCAGAAUGGGAUCAGCCCCUCUGUUCCUACUGUGAGGAGAGCGCUGGAAAACACAGCUCUGAAGGUUGAUGACAUUGAGGUGUUUGCACAGGGCCAUGGAAUAAUCCAGGUGGACAGGGCUUUAGACUACCUCACUCAGCACGCCUCUUUACCCACAAGCCACCUGGGUUUCUCAGUAAGCGUGGGCUCACAGAGAGGCAUCUACCUCAGAGAUCCAGCCCAGAUUCUUGCACCCUCAGAUCACGGAGUAGGAAUUGAGCCCAUCUUCCCAGAGAAAACAGGAAACUCUGAGCGAAUCUCCUUGCAGCUACACUUGGCGCUCACAUGUGCUGCCCCAUGGGUCCAGUGCCCCUCCCAUCUAGAGCUGAUGAACCAGUGUCGCCAUGUCAAUGUCCGCAUCGAUCCUGUGGGCCUGAGAGAGGGAGUGCACUACACAGAGGUGUGUGGGUAUGAUACAGCGGCACCUAGCUGCGGCCCACUAUUCAGAGUCCCAAUCACAGUUAUUAUCCCUGCAAAAGUGACAGAUAGUCGUAAUCAGGAGGUGAGCUUCACAGACGUCCACUUCAGACCAGGCCAGAUCAGACGCCACUUCAUCACUGUUCCUCAGGGAGCCUCCUGGGCAGAGAUCACACUGACCUCUCAUUCAGGAGAUGUAUCGUCCAAGUUUGUUCUUCACGCAGUGCAUCUGGUCAAGCAGAGGGCUUACAGAGCUAAUGAGUUCUACAAGUUCUCUUCACUGUUGGAAAGAGGCUCUCUAACUGAGGCCUUCCCCGUUCUGUCGGGUAGGGUAGUAGAGUUUUGCAUUGCUCGCUGGUGGGCAAGCCUGGGUGACGUCACGGUGGACUACAGCAUCUCCUUCCAUGGACUCAACACUUCUCCUUCACCGCUGCACAUACAUGCUUCAGAAGGAGUGACGAGUUUCGAUGUGUCGUCGCCUCUGAGAUAUGAGGAGGUGUCCCCAACUAUCACCCUUAAGUCAUGGGUUCAGCCCUUGAGGCCCUUAAGCUCGAAAAUAAAAGCCUUGGGAGUGAGGGAUGUUCUGCCUAAUAACAGACAACUCUAUGAGAUUGUCCUCACGUACAGCUUUCACCAGCCGAAGACUGGAGAGGUGACACCCAGCUGUCCAAUGCUGUGUGAGCUGCUGUAUGAGUCUGAGUUUGACAGUCAGCUCUGGAUGCUGUUUGAUCAGAACAAGAGACUGCUGGGCUCAGGGGACGCCUACCCACACCAGUAUUCUCUGAAGCUGGAAAAGGGGGACUACUCUGUACGUCUGCAGGUCCGCCAUGAGCAGUCCAGUGAACUGGAGCGCCUUAAGGACCUGCCGUUUGUGGUUUCUCACCGUCUAUCCACCACCCUCAGUCUGGACGUGUACGAGACACACCGCGCUGCCCUCAUGGCCAAGAAGAAGGCAAACUCUGUCACCUUGUGCCCGGGUGCCACUCAGCCUUUCUACGUCACAUCCCUGCCAGAUGACAAGAUCCCUAAAGGGACGAGUCCAGGAUGCUACCUGUCAGGUUCUCUCGUCGUACCCAAGAGCGAGUAUGGCAAGAAAGCUGGGCAGGCCUCUGCAAAACGACAAGGAAAGUUUAAAAAGGAUAUUGUUCCAGUCAUCUAUCACUUAAUUCCCACUCCCAACAAAGCAAAAAAUGGAGGGAAGGAGAAGGACAAAGAAGGAGACAAAGAGAAAGACGUGAAGGAAGAGUUUGCCGAAGCCAUGAGAGAUUUGAAGAUUCAGUGGAUGACAAAGUUGGACUCCAGCUCCAUCUAUGACGAACUGAUGGAAAAUUACUCUGAAUACCUUCCACUGCAUGUGCAGAGACUGCACCAGCUGGACUCAGAAAAGGAGCGUGUAAAACGUCUGAGGGAGGUCAUGUCGGCAGCAGAAAUCGUCAUCUCCCACAUCGACCAGACGGCCUUGGCUGUUUACCUCACCAUGAAGACAGACCCUCGACCGGAAGCCGCUUCUAUCAAGACUGACAUGGAGAAGCAGAAGUCGUCCCUGCUAGACGCUCUGUGCAGGAAAGGCUGUGCUCUAGCUGACCAGCUCCUGCUGCCUCCUGCGCCGCAGGACGGUGCCGCUGCAGUUCCCACGGGACAAGCAGCACCAGAGGAGGUCGUGGAGCAGGUGGCCAGCAGCUCUGAUGACACCCUGCAGAAUGCGGCCAAAGCCCUGACGGAUGUGUUUUGGGAGGUGCAGAAGUGGGCGGAGCUAACUGACUCCAAGGUAUUGAUGUUUUCGUAUAAACACGCUCUGGCGAACAAGAUGUACGGCCGAGCCUUAAAAUAUGCCUCAAAGAUGGUGGAGGAGAAACCCACCAAAGAGAACAUGAAGAACUGCAUCCAGCUCAUGCGUCACCUCCGAUGGACUCACUGCGCUACCUUCAGCGAGAACUGGCUCCCUGUCAUGUACCCCGCAGACUACACACCGUUCUAGACACACACACACACACACACACACACACAUACAUGUGCAUGCAUGGGCAGCAUGGCCACACACGGUCCAUUACGUGGUAACUUUGAUAUCAUGCCCCUCAGGGUCACAUGGUCUAUGCAUCUGACCAACCAGCUGCCUCCUGAGACUUUUUUUUUGUUUUUUGUUUUUCAAAUGUAAACGUGAAUGAACACCAAAAUAAAGGACAGCACCGAGUUUAAAUGGUUUGCACUCGACACCUUGUAAAGCGAGAGACCGUGUUCAGCGGUUACUUGUAAAUGCUCAAGUUGUUUGUUAGAAUGCCGCCACCAGAAAAACAAUAAUCAGUUAAAAUGUUUAAAGCUCUGAACUCACUUGUUGAUGCUUUAGCUCAGUGGUGUCUUCGUUAGGUCUUGUCCUUUAUUUUGUUGUCAUCUACUAAUUGGGAGGCUUUUACAUCCACCCAUCUCAUCCCACUCAGCUGUCCAGACUCCAUAUCAUAUAAAUAACUGUAAAUACUGUUUAAAAAAAAAAAAAAAAAAAAAAGGCCAGUGUGGACUCCAACAAUGCAUUUCAAGUUUUUUUUUAAAAAAAAACUGUGACCUACACUUAAGAAAACAACAGAAAACUGAAAGCAAGUCAUCAUGAUUCUUCAGUGAGAAGACAGGAAGACUCGUUGCUGCACGAUGUUGGGACAUACGAGGGCACGCUGAGUCUGCCUGAUCCCUGAAUUAAAACAGAGUCUUGGGCAGAACAUAAUCUCCUUUUUUUCUUUGUUUUUUAAAGAUUUUUCCAGCCAGACCGGGUUGAUAAAGUUUAGUCUUGUCCGUCUCAGAUCACACAAAACAGUGCUGAGGUGCCUUUCUACAUGUACCUUACAUUUUCUGAUGGGUUGAAAAACAGCGCGAUGGUUUCGAGUCCGGCAACACUCAGCCGCUUGCAGUCAUUUCACCCAUCAACCUUCGGUGUUAAAUGUGGUUUCAAACCGGCGGCAUGAUGUGUCUGUGCACUGAAUGCAGGCCGUCAGUGACUUGUCGGGUAGUAGGAAGCCACAACAACCACGCUUUGUUGUCUCCUGCUUACCUCCAGAGGUGUUGGCCACCCACUUCGUGCUGCAGUUGCCACAUUUGACAACCACCUAACAGACCUCACUAACGUAACGAUGCAGUCGUGGGCAGCAGUAAGAUGUUCAGAUUUCAAGGUGAAGUGUUCACACAGUGUUAGAGAUGUUUCUGUGUGGCAUUCAGAAUGUUGCACUUGUACACAGUGUCAUAAAAAAACUGUACAUACACGUAACAUACAGAAUAUUAAGAUGCAAUAGGUAUAUAAUACAAAUAUUAUUCUAAUUGAUGUAUUUUGCAUAUAUGCAUGUCUUUUAGGAUGUAAGGAAAAAUAGUUUUAUGUGGAAGCAGAUUUUAGUUUGUUUCAAUUUGAAAAGGUUUUUAAUCUGAGACAAGAUACUGACAAUAAUCCACUGUUACUUUCAUGGGUGUGUGUUUGUGGAUGAAUUUACGUGUACUUGUGUGCAUAUUUUCUGUACGUGAACAUUGUUCCCAACAGAGCUGAAACGAACCAUGUAGACAGGGUUUUUAUUUCUUAAAAUACCUUAUUUGCUUUAAAGGACCACACCAGUGUUUUUGUUUGUUUGAUCUCUGUUACCGCAAAUCACAUAUACUUGACAUCAUACUUGCAUGUUCUGGUGUUUUUGUUAUCUGGUGCAUUUGUAGAAGAAGCCAUAAUCAUUCAUUUAAUGUAUAUCCUUACAAAAUAAUGGUCUCAGUUUUAUCAAUUUGUCAGCGUGGCUUCUAUUAUCACUGGAAAUCAACAGCCAAGUUUUUGAUUUAAUAAUCAGCUGAUGUACGGUGGUAGCAGUUUGUGUUCGCCCUUUAAUAGUCCUGGUUUUUGGAAUUUUAUGAAAGCCAAUGACUGUACAGAAUCAAAGGUAUAAUGUAAGAUUUGCAUUUGAGGAGUUAACUUGCAGAAACACUGGUGUGGUCCUUUGAAGUAUCUCACCUGAAUCUUGUAACAAAUGGGGACAACAUAAUCAUUUUUUAUCUUUUUAUAUUCAUGAUUCUUUUCACUUUUAAAUCCAUGAAGCAAAAAGUGUGAUUUCCUGUUUCAUCUGUAGUAUGUUAUUGGUUUAACCAAAGAAUGAUUUUCCACGUUAAGCUGGUUUAAUGGUCAGCAGAAGCAUGAGGGCGAAACAAUUUGAACUGAAGAAGGAAAUCGGUUCACACUGAACGAUGAUGUGGUUCUAAUUAUCGUUUUAAGCCCUCUCACCAGUGGAGGGUCCACACUUAAGAAUGUAAAAGCAGCUGCUUUCAAGCCUCCCGUCCUCAUGGGGGUAAAAAGUCUUUUCUCGGAGUGAAUCAGGGGUCAUGACUCGUGUUUACCCAGGGGUAAGAGCUCGUUGUUUCUGUUUUUAGUUGCGACUCGUAUCACUUUCGGCUGCGGCCUCUUCAAGUGUGCAGGGGUUUGCUAGAAUCAGUUGGGUUUAGUUUUCGACAGAAUUUGUGCACAUCUGUUUUUUUUUCUGCCUCUUUGUCCUUUUUCCUCCUUUUUUUCUGUGUUUGGGUUUUCGUUCAGACAGAUCUAUCUCCAGUACACGUUGCCAAUGACCGUCUUUCCGAAAAUGGCCUUAACUUUCACCAUGGGACUUUUACCGUCCACUUCUGACACCAAACAGACUUCUCAUAUCUGUUGCUCUCACUCUGCUGGUGUCAGGAAAGACUUCAGAAAUUGCUUCUUAUGGAUGUUGAGUGUUUAUAUUUAUAGUCAUAAAAUCAAGUAAAUGCCAAUAUUUUAAAGAAUGUUGUGAGAAUAAAGUUGUAUGCUCUUAGUAUUAUUUUAUACCCAUUCUUCCACGAUGACGUGGGAAAGACCCAAACUACUGUCACACUAUUUUGUGGUCACAUGGAAUUAAGUCACAAACCAGAAAAAGGACACUGAAUAAAAUGAUUUGAAAGAA